AUGGCCAAAGACAUUUAUAAAACAUUCAAGCGGUCGGUGUCCGGAAUUGUUAGUGGAAGUGGAGAAAGCUCUUCUGCGCAAUCAACCAGCGGAAACAAUGCGAAAUAUCGAGGAGGGACUGGAAGAACAUGGAUCCAUCCUCCAGAUUUCUUGAUAAACGGUCAUGUUGAAUAUGGUGCCCGAUUUCUUGGAUGCGUUGAAACAGCAAAAGAGAAUGGAACAGCUGUCGCGAGGGAGGCGAUUCAUGCGAUACGGUUUCAGCGGGAUCUGAAGAGAUCUGAACAGACAAGAGAGACGGCGAAACUUCAAAAAGUGGAAAUCAAAAUAUCCAUUGAUUAUGUGAGAGUGGAUGAUGCGAAAACGAAAACGAUGAUGUAUCAAUUCCAAUUGCCAAGAAUAUCAUUUUGUGCAGAUGAUAAGGAUGACAAACGAAUGUUUUCAUUCAUCGCUCGUGGGGACGAUGGGAAGCACUUCUGCUACGCGUUCACUUCUGAAAAACUGGCCGAAGCUAUCACCUGCACCAUCGGAGAGGCUUUCGAUUUGGCCUACAAACGAUUCCUCGACAAGAAUCGUGCAUCUCUGGAAAAUGAGAAGAACACGUACUUGUUGCAAAAACGAAUCGCAGAGCUAGAAUGUGAGAAUCAGAAAUUAGCAACUCUCCUCCAAGAAGUGCAGAAUAAUAGCAGAUCAGCUGCAAAUGGUAGAGCUCUCCCGAAUGACUAUAGCAUCCCUCCCCAUCCGUCAGCUGCUCCUCCGGCUCUACCGUUAUCCCCGAUGCCUCAAGGGCCUCCACCGAGUGUUGCCUCAAAUAUCUAUUCUAUGCCACGUCACGAUGAAGGGGUUCCAACUGAAAUGGCACCAAGACUCCCACCAAUUUCUACAUCUUCCAAUGGAACAUCAUCUUCUACAAGUCCUGCAUCCACGUCACCAUCGGGACCAGCACCCUCCAUGCCUCCACCACGUCCUCCUGCCUCAAUGACGCCUCCCACUGCGAUAGCUCCACCUCCUCCAGUGGCGCCACGCCGAAAUUUUGUGUCACCGAAGAAUUCUACAGCUGGACAGUUGGAAGGAUUAGAUCUUGGAGAAGUGAAGAAGACGCCAAGCAAUGUGUUCGAUGAUUCGUUUGAUCCAAGAGCUGGAGAAAAGAAGAGUGUUGCAGAGGAAGAAUACAAUCCAUUCGGUGCAGAUUUCCUGCCAAGUCUUACGAAUGGAAAGACAACUCCCCCAUCUGCAACAGCCGCUCUUUUGGCUUCUGAAGCGAUUUCAAGACUUCCAGGUGGAGAAUCGAAGAAGACACCAGCUGAGUAUGACGCGAUGAUCCAUGAUAUUGAUAGGAGGCUGGAUGCUAUGAAAAAUGGAACUUUCGAGUUUGGACAGCUUCAAACUGGCGAUCUUGAUGGAAUCGAAGCAGAAAACGCUUAUGGGACACCAUCCGAUCGUUUGAACCCAAAAGUGAUGAAUCUGAAAGAAUAG